GUGACUUCGAUGAUCGUUCAAGUAUGACCAUUGGAUGAGCUGAGCACUCAUGCAGCUGACAAGCACGAGAAUCCCGCGCAUGUCCUCAUCCAUCCAUCCAUCUGGCUCUUCGCAUACACAGUUAACAUAUUCAAUUUUCACCUGCGAAGACAGUCCUCUGGGUUGUUCCGUCUCGUCGGCCCGAUACCCAACCCGCCCGAACUUGAGCACACCACGAGUCAGCGUGUGUGCUCGACUUCAGAUGGGCUUGGCACCGUGACAAGACUGACGGGACAACACACGCAUCCAUCAACACACACACACACACACGCCAUCAGGUCAUCCCGGCUCCCUUGGCCACGUCAUGGAGUCUGUCUGUCGACUCAUCGCCAUCCACGCAAAAGCAGUACACGUGCGUUGUGUGCCGGACUCGAAAAACCAGACUCCAUGCCCACGUCAAGCUUCAGCAAGAAUGGGCACCUCUGCUGGACUGACUAAAUGCCUCAGUGAGCCCGACACACACACACCACAAAAAAGGGCGACCGGCCGCCACCAAUCUAUGCACAACCCCCCCACGGCAAAACACGGUACCUUCCUUCGUCCAUUCAUUGAUUCACUCAGCCGCCAGGUCAGCCACAGUGGGCUGCAAGGUCCUGAUGAGAUCGUCCACGGCCAUCCUCAGCACCAGCUGGCGGCUCCCCCCAUUGAUGUACACGAGCUCCAUCUCUCGGAUGCCCUCCUCCAUGUACACCGCCAUUGCCUCCCGGGUCCCGAAGGGGCUUGUGCCGCCGAAGUCGUACCCAGUGAAGCGUGCGGCCAUGUCUGCGUCGGCCGGCUUGACGUUCUUGACGGACGCGCCGAGCUCUCUGGCGAGUUUCUUCUUGUCCACCUGAUUGAUGCGCACAACCGAGUCAGAGGCCAAACGCACCCAUCGUAUUGGGGUGUGCGCGUGUACUGUUGCUCUCUCUUUCCGUCUGUGACUGACUGACCGACCUGUUUGUGUCCGUGCAUGAGCACCAAGCAGGGAGAGUCGACACCGUACUUGAACACCAUCGUCUUGACCAGCUUGUCGGGCUCGGUGUUCAUCUGCCGCGCAAGCACAUCGCACAGGCUCUCGCCGCCAUCGGGCUUCUCAUAAGUAACGGAGAUCUUCUCGAACGGCACGUUGUGCUCACUCAGGUAAGCCGUGGCGGCCGUCGAGGUGCCCUCCGCGUCUGAUGCCGCGCUUGACUCUUCCAGUGAGCCCAU